AUGAGAGCUGUGCUUUGCCUAAAGCGCCACUCAACCAUACAACGCACUGUGGUGCUCGCCCCACCAGAGGAGAUACGGAAGGUCACCAACCAAUGUGCCUACGAUACUUUCGAGUGGGCGUUGAGUCAAGGCCACGACAAAGUGGCGAUCUCUCUUGUUGAGCGAGACCCGGCCUUCGUGCACGGGCGCUACACCCGCGGCAUCACCCCGCUCAUGAAAGCCGUCCCGACCGGGCGGAUUCCGGUGAUUGCGGCGCUGAUCCAGCACGGCGCGUCGGUCAACGCAGCCGACUCGGGCGGCUCGACCCCGCUCAUGGCCGCCGCGUGCAUGGCCCUGUUCGACGUGGUGCGGUUCCUGUUGGAGCAACCGGGGUUGAACAUCGACGCGGUGGACCUGGAUGGGAUGUCGGCCCUGCACUGGGCCGUGUGGGCCGUGCAGCCGGACAUCGUGCAGCUGCUCCUCGACAAGGGCGCCAACCCCCUGCUCCUCGUCCAAGCCCUUCUGCAGCGACUGGGGACCAGCCAAGACCAGUCUCCUCCAUGA